AUGGAGAUAUGCGCGCAUGAGAGUGGCAAUAUCAAGAUCUUCAAGGCACUGUGCCAGACUGAGAUUGGAGCAAAAGUAAUUCAGUCCAGUGCGUACCUGACUCCAAUAAUAUUGAAGGCUAACCUCGCUGGACACGUGGACAUCGUUGAGAGCAUCAAAGAACACUUUGAUCAAUUGAGUGACGCGAUGUUGCCAACAUCCGACCCAUCAAUCAUUCAAAUUUUGAAUGCUCCACGUGCAUCCAUUCCACGUAGAAUAUCACUCUACCAGGCCAUUCUCGAUGAUGAUGUUGUAAAGGUGGAGGAGAGCAUUUAUAAUGUUACCAAGGUGGACUGUAGGAUGUGGCAAUCUAUGUCCUUGUCAAUGCUCACACACAUUGGCCAUGGACAACCACCCAUUGAGUUGGGCUUCAAAGGGAGAUCCCUGCUCAACAUGAUUGAAUCAGUAGGAGUGAAAGGCAGUAACAUCACCGAGGACAUCAUCAACCUGUUCUUGGACAAUGGUCACUUUUCUCAAACUGACAGGAGAUUAUUGGAGAAUGAACAUGUUGUGGCAUUGGACGUCUCAUGUGGCCUGAUGCUAAAGAUACACAAGAUGUUCAAACUCCAAUUCAAUUCAGAAUGUCUAAUUCAUGCACUGCUGAAUGUGAAUGAAGAGGCCAUGUCCAUUCUCUUUGAGUCAUUUGCAAAGAGUUCCGUUGACUAUCUUAUGCGGUCAUUGGAUGGCACGGUCAUCAGGCUUGACAAUGCUGUUAUACAUCUUCUUGAACAUGGAUCAUUGGACUCAAUCAAAUUGAUGCUUCGCAAUGUGUCCUCGGGCAAUCUGUUGAAGCCUAUCAUCUUGAAUUGGACAUGCUCAAACACUUUAGUCGUGUUCAGAUUCACCCUGGAACUAUUCCCAGUCGAUAUGAUGACCAGUAGUCAAGUCUCUAAACUCAUCAAUGCUGUAUUCCUAAAGGAACACAAAGAUCAACAAGUAUUUGAAGCACUUCAUCUCAUUCAUCAGAGAUUCAGCUCAAUGUUCGACCUGGCUCCAUCACCACGAGUGUUGGAAGUUGAUGCUGUAGCACUUUCGAUCAACCUCUUAAAGUUGGACACAUUCCACCUACAGUUACGCAUCUAUCAUUUAUAUUAUUUAAUCAACCUCUUCAAGUUGGACAUAUUCCAGAGUCUGUUACAAAACUAUCAUUUAUUGCCUUCAAACAUCCUCUUCAAAUUGGACACAUUCCAAAUUCAGUAA